AUGUCUUUGCACCCUCUUGACCCAGCUACUCCGUGGGAGAUUCAGCGGGCGACCAACCUAGUCAAAAAAGCUUACGAAGGUACGGAACUUCACUUCAAAGCAGCUGGUCUAGAGGAGCCUCCAAAAAGGGGUUUGGUGCCUUUCCUUGAUACUGAACGUAACAACCACCCUCUUCCGCUUAUUUCACGCUAUAUAUCUCUCUGGUAUAUCAAACGCACACCUCGGCUCUUUGAGGUGAUAGUGGAUGUGACCGAUAUCCAGUUUAUUCACCAUGCUGAAUUGCCUCGCGACUUCCAUGGACCGGUGAACAGUUUAGAAAUGAAUGAAGCAGUCCAGGUGGUCAUGGCGGACCCUCGGGUAAAGGAAGAGAUCAAACGGUUGAAGAUCGGUGAUACCACAGUGGUCCUUGGUCCAUGGGACUAUGGUGUAGAUGGCGAGGAAACCCAGAGAAGACGCACCCAGAUAGAACAGCAUCUUGUGUUUAUGUAUAUGCGCAAUCCCAAGAACAAUGACCCUGACUCGAACCACUACGGUUUCCUGUUGGAUUUCAUGGUUACUGUCGAUCUCUCUGAGAUGAAAGUCGAAAAGAUCACCCGCCUGCCCUUGGGGUCUGACCAAACUGCCACACCAAUUGGCUCGCCUCCUGAGGGAGCUUCCUUCGCAGUCAAAGGUCGCUUGAUCCAAUGGGGAAAGUGGCGAUUCCGUGUGGGAUUUGACUGGCGUGAAGGGAUGACCUUGCAUGAUGUAUCCUUCGAUGGGAAGAAUACAUUUUACAGGCUGUGUCUUUCUCAAAUGUUUGUUACUUACGGGGAUCCACGAAACCCUAUAUAUCGUAAAGGCGCAUUCGACCUGGGAAAUGUUGGUGCUGGAGUGACGGCAAAUAACCUUAUGUCGAUGGCUGUGUCGUUGCGCAAAGACGCAGGCCCAGCACCAAGGCCGAACGUUAUCUGCAUUCACGAGAUCGACAACGGAAUACAGCGGAAACAUACCAAUCACCGAACAGGCAAGGCUGCGUUGACAUUCGAGACUCGCGCCACUGGCAUCCUCUCUACACAGCUCAUCAACAAAGACGCCAAGGUCCCAUGGGGAACACCAGUGGCAGAUGGCGUAAUGGCUCCGUAUCAUCAACAUCUGUUUAAUUUACGCAUCGAUCCUGCCGAUGCGUAUAUCAAUCCUUUAGGCACAGGGUACAUUACCGAGCAGACUAUCCUAAACCGCGCUGGUCCUGUAGGAGAUGACAUAUCUAAGGGAAGGGUCUUCACAAUCCUGAAUGAGAAUGUUGAGAACCCUGUGUCCUUGACACCUAUUGGUUAUAAACUAGUUUCUCAUCGACCCCAGAUGUUACUCGUGCAACCGGCCUCAUGGCACUGGCGCCGUUCUGAGUCCUGUGAGACCCCGAUCUGGGUCACCAAGUAUAACGAUCGCCAGCUCUUCCCCGCAGGAAACUACACAAACCAGUCAUUAGGCGGAACGGGCAUCAAGUCGUGGAUUGAAAAGAGCCGGGAUGUGGUUCGGAACGAGGAUAUUGUGGUCUGGCACACUUUUGGCUUCACCCACAAUCCUUGUGUGGAAGACUUCCCAAUCAUGCUGGCCGAGAUUGCUCAAGUACGCCUUGUUCCGUACAAUUUCUGUCUUUAUAACCCAGCCAUUGAUGUACCCCCAUCCAAUCAAGAUUCCAAUCAGAGCACUGAGUAUAAAGCGCCUGAGGGUUCCCAAUCCUCAACGCCAUCUGAUUGCUUUGGUAAUUGUCGGAGUUAUUAG